AUGAUUAUACACUUUAAUGUCGGAGGACAAAUGUUCGAGAUUCCAUAUGAGAAAUUUUUCGCGUACCCCGAAAGUCUUCUCACAUCGCAUAUGGGUGACAUGGUGAAAUCAAAGCUUGAGAAAGCCAAAGACUCGAAAGAGAAAUUUUAUUUUUCUAUUGAUCGGGAUCCUAUUCUCUUUUCGCAUAUCCAUCGCUAUUAUUUGACGGGUGAAUGCCAUUUUCAUGAGAAUGCGGAUCCUGUGAAUGGGCACCAAGUCACAUAUGAUGAAUUGGCUUUUGAAUUCAAGUAUUAUCGAUUUCCUGUGGACGCUAUUCCAUCACCAAAACGAUUACAAGACUAUCAAGAACUCAACACCAAAGAAUCCGACGUAAAGAAGCUUCUCACCCAAAGCACAAUUGCACAACUUCGCGGCAUACACAUUAACAACUUUAUCCAAACACUUCAAAAAAUAAUUCUCGAACUGAUUCUUGUCAAAUGUUCACAAUUCACCAUGGUUUUUACACAUCGUCAGAAUCCGCCCACUAUAAAAUUUUCCAAUCAGGAACAUUCGUUCAUGAAUACAAACGUCUGGCAAAAAAUCAACACGAUGUUGGAUCCGUUUGGGUCAUCGGGCGCUAUAAUGUUGGAUAUUUAUACUGAGUUUAUUAAGGAGUAUAUGAGACAAAAUAUCCCGAUGUUGAGCAAGUGGAGUUCGGAUAAAGGGUUUAAUCCGGAUAUUGGCCAGUACCAUGCGAUUGAUUUGCGGAUAGCUACUAAGGUUAGUGAAGAUAAUGUGUUUUUUGAGACUUCUAUGGCAAAUCGGACGAGAGGGGAAUAA